CGACGUCGCUGCCCACCGUUCGCUACCGCUGCCGAAAACGCCAACUGGCGCCCAACCAGUAGUAGUCACCUCCCUCCUUCUCCCAUUGAGCAGCCGGCAGUAGUAACGUGCCUGAAUAAGAUUUCCCUUUCGUCCCGUCUCGUCCUGCCUCGCCCUACCUUACAUUCCUUUCUCUCUACCUCAUCACCCCCUUCCCAUCCUUCAGCCUUACCGGAGCUGAGCACGCGAGCUCGGCAUAGGGCAUCUUCAACGAUGUCGUCGCUCGCUGACUCCCUCUACCGCCGCUUCAGCGACCCUACCAACCAAGUCUCCGCCGCCUCCGUCGUGCUCGCCUUGCUCCUCAUAGCCUACUUCGUCCUGUCGUUCACUGAUCUCAGCGUCCUACAAAAGGCCUACAAUGGACUGUACCACUACACCACUUUCGCCUACUCUUGCUUCCUGAAGCCGCAUACCGGUGACGGGACGGGAAGGCAGCAGGAUGCCCUCGAGAGCUUCUACAAGUCGCAGGCUUCGAUCUAUGACGCCACACGUAGACGCCUCUUGCAAGGACGAGAGGAUAUGCUGGCGCUGGUGGCCGCGCAAGUGAAGUACAGACGCGAGCAUGGGCAGAUCAGCCAGAAGCCGAUUUGGCUGGAUAUCGGUGGUGGCACCGGCUGGAACAUUGAGCAGAUGCAGGAGCAGCUCGAUGUGCCCACCUUCUUUCACGCCGUCUACCUUGUCGAUCUCAGUACCUCCCUCUGCGAGAUUGCCCGGGAGCGCUUUGCGCGUCUGGGCUGGAAGAACGUGCAUGUCAUUUGCGAGGAUGCUCGUACCUUCCGCCUCAGCGACUACGAAGCCGGACUUGAAGAUGACAAGCGAGACUUCAGCAUUGGCAAAUCCGCCUACAACGAGGACGCACGUGACCCUGUUGGAGCGGACCUCUUGACCAUGUCCUACAGUCUCAGCAUGAUUCCGGAGUUCCAUCCGGCUAUUGAUAGUGUCACAAACCUCCUGGCUCCGAAUGGCAUUGUGGGCAUAGUCGAUUUCUACGUCCAGAACCAGGUCGAAUUUGCUGGUCGCAACUACAUGGGUGGCGCGAUCGACAGACACUGCAUGUGGAUCUCUCGAGUCUUUUGGCGGACAUGGUUCGAGCUCGACCGCGUGAUGCUCGAGUCCGCAAGACGAGACUACAUUGAGUACAAGUUCGGCACAAUUAUCAGCACGAACCGCAGGGCCAAUGUCUUCGGCUUCCGGAUACCCUACUACAUCUUCGUUGGCUGCACCCGCAACACGAGCGCUAUGCUCAACGAGGUGGCGCAGGUCGACGCUGCGGUCACCGAGUCACCUUUCAUCUCCGCCUUGGACAUGCACAGCCAGUCGUUGAACCCUCGCAAGCGUAGGAGUUCCAGCACGGAGCGGAGAAGCAAGGCCUUUGACACGGCUGUCGUGAAUCUGGCUGCUAGCCUUCCUCUUCCGGCCGCGUACUACCAGAACAACAAGACUCGUAUCUACUACGACGCCACCCUACAGAAGCAUACGCAGUUCAACGACGAGUACAUCUACUGCUUCACCUGGGAGGACAGCCGUACCGAUGCUCGGCUACUUAAGAUCACAAGCGACGAUGUCAUCCUAGCCAUCACCAGCGCAGGCGACAAUAUCCUCUCCUACGCCGUCGAGCGUCCCAAACGCAUCCACGCCGUGGACCUCAACCCCGCGCAGAACCACUUGCUCGAGCUGAAAGUCGCCUCAUUCCGUGCCCUAGAGUACCAAGACAUGUGGAAGAUGUUCGGCGAAGGCAAGCACGAGAACUUCCAGAAACUGCUCCUCGAGCAACUGUCUCCCCACUUGUCCAGUCAAGCCUUCGACUACUGGCUGCAUGUUGGCCCAAAGACCUUCGAUCCCAAGGGCAAUGGGCUCUAUUUCACCGGCGGCAGUCGGCACGCCUUACAAUUAGUGGCGUGGAUGGGCAGUCUGACUGGCGUACGCAAUGACAUGCGCCGGUUGUGCCAGGUCGAAACGCUUGCGGAGCAACGCGAGAUCUGGACCAAGCGCGUAAGGCGGGUGAUGCUUUCGCAGCUGCUUGCCUAUUUUGUUAUUGGGUCCGAGCGGUUCUUGUGGAAGGCGCUGGGCGUGCCGGGCGAGCAGAGGGCGAUGAUCGAAGAGGACUACAAAAAGAUGCAUAGUAGCGCUGCGCCGUCCAAGGCGCAGAUUGAGUCGAGUGCGGCGGAGAAGAAGAGCGGGACGGGCCAGCCAGGAGCGGUGGGUGCGUCGAAGAGCGGACAGGCGAUUUGGGAGUAUGGCGUGCAGACGCUGGAUCCGGUGGUGAAUGACACUCUUGUGAGCGAUGAUAACCAUUACUACAUGGUCUGCUUGCUUGGCCACUACACCCAAAAAUGCCACCCAACCUACCUCUCCCCCAAAGCCCACGCCAAGCUCUCCCAACCGGGCGCCCUCGACAACCUCCGCAUCCACACCGACGAGCUCGCCGAAGUCUUCGCCCGCAUGCAACCCGAAGCCCUGACCAUCGCCGUACUCAUGGACAGCAUGGACUGGUUCAGCCCGAGCGGUCCCGAAGCCAAAGCCCAAGUCCAAGCCGUCAACCGCGCGCUCAAGAUCGGCGGGAGAGUGUUGGUACGCUCGGCGGGGUUGAAUCCCUGGUAUAUGCGUGUUUUCGAGGAGACUGGGUUUGCGACGAAGCGGGUUGCUGCGAGGAUCCCGCCGGGGACUUGUACGGAUCGCGUGAAUAUGUAUGCGUCUACUUGGAUUGCUACGAAGACGGUGCAUUUGCCUGAGCCGGAGGUGGAGGUAGAGCAAGAGAAGAGGUGAGGUUUGGUUGUUGAGAGUGGAUGGGGAUGAUGCUGCGGAGAUGGGACGCUUCAACGUGUCGAAUACUUACCACUGCCGCGCCACGAGUAACAGGCGCAGAGGGGAAAAGCUGGAGCAUACGCCACAGUAUUUGGAAGUGGCCGGUCUGGUCUGGACUUGCAUGUAUAGAGCGCACCGCAUGAUACCAUAGCGCGCCGGCCAAAAGUUCAUCUGAGAUACAGAGAAAAAGCCAUUGAAACCUUCAGAUACAAUUCUUCAUUUCUUCUCGCUGUACAGCGUCACCCACCGUCCCUCGCUACUCCUCCCUACGAUCUCUUCGCAUGCUCUAA